AGAAAACAUAAUAGAAACAACCAAAAAUAUGAGGGUUAAUUAUGCGUCUUCUAUAUAUGAUAUCACAAGACUUGCGAUGACCAACAACACAACGAAGAAGAAAAUGAGUUUCACGUCACUAAAGAUUGCUGCACUAGUGUUACCACUACUUCUUGUACUUUUCAUUCUCUCCUCUCAAGUUGAAGUUGUGGAAUCUACAGGCCGGAAACUUGCGUUUUGGGGGAAGCCUAUCGUGUGGACUCCUCCCUCAAACUCAUGUGGAGCUUCUCCAGCAGCAGCAAUAGAGUCUUCCAAGUGGACAACAGGCCGACCAUGCAGACGUAGUCAUCCUCCAGGAACUAAUAUCCCCGUUUCUCAAUCUCCUUAAUACUCACACCCUAAUACUUCGAGUUUGAGUCUCUCUUUGUUAAAAUUUUGAAGGUACAUGUUAUAUUAAUUGUCUUUAGUUUUCUGGUUUAUUGUGUCAACCGUAGAUGAAUGUUAUCACCUACUACGAAUCAAUGAAGGAACUAAUACUUAUUACUAA